GACGACAUCAGCUCGGACUCUGACACUUUCUCCGAGGUCACCGUCCGCUCUGAACGCAGGGAGAAGGAAGAACGGAUAAGCUCGGACAAAGCAGUAAAAGUUCACAAGCAUCACCACCACCAUCCGCACAAACGGGUUAAGGAACACCACAAAUCGAAGGAGACAGAGAGGGUUAAGGAGCGGGGGAGGAAGCUGGAGUCUGGCAAAUCUAGUGCCAGCAGAGAGAGGACUUCAUCUAAAAGGCAGGUGGUUGAGGACGAAGACAGUGGGAAGAAGGGGCGGUCCUCGCCGGUCGUGAAGCACAGCAGCAAGGAGGCAAAGUCUGCCAAAUCGUCCAAAGAGAGGGCUAAGAGAGAGAAAGAGCAGCGAUCAGCACAUAAAGAGCGACUAAAGAGCCAGAAGAAAAGCAAGGAAACUCCGCGAGGUUAUCGAACAUCCCCCAGUCCAAAAAAGAAAGGUGGGAGCCCGAGGCGCAAGCGUUCUUCCAGCCCUAAUAGGGAAGACAGCCCCUUUGGGACCUACAGCAAAGGAUACGAUGCCAGCCCUGUGUAUCGAUCCCGAACUACUUAUGACGGUUACCGGCGAAGUCCCGGUGAUUCUAUCCGGAAACAGUCUGUCAGCCCACCUUACUACAGCUCCAGGGAGCCUGCGGCCUAUCACACUGGUUAUAAUGUGCGAUCACCAAGUCCUUAUGCCAGAAGGCAAAGAUCUUCAAGUCCUUACAGCAGACACCGAUCACCCAGUUACGACAGACACAGCAGCUCGUACGAGUACAGUGGGAGGUCACCGAGCCCAUAUAGCAGGAGGCGAUCGCUGAGUCCCUACAGCACCAGGAGGUCGUUCAGCCAGAGUCCGGUGACCAGAAGAUCAGUAAAGUCAAGGAGCCGGAGCCCGCUGUACUCGAGGCACUCACGGUCACAUAGUAAACACCGGCAGUCCCGGUCUCCUAGUCGGCACUCGAGUAUUUCACCCAGCCGAUUUACCCUCAAGUCAAGUCUGGGUGCCGAGCUGAGCAAAACAAAGAGGGCAAGAGCUGCUGUGGCUGCCAAGGCCAGUGCGAAAGACUGCAGAGAGCCUAAAGUAUCAGCCAGCAGCACGCACAGUACUGGUUCCAGUGGCACGCCUUCUGCCACCACACUUAAGGAUGUCAAAAAAUUGACUAAGUUAAUUAAGUCAGAGAAGCCCCCUUCACCCAUUGAAAUCUCACAUUCAGUGACUGUGAAGAAAGGCAAAGACAUUGUCGACGAGAUGAUUCCAGAGAUAAAAGUGAAGACUGAACGAGAAGAGGAUGAACCGGUGCCGUCCCCACUGGCACUGGUGGUCAAAGAGUCUAAGUCACCAGCAGUGAAAUGUGAGUCAGGAACACCAAAGGAGAGGAGUCUGCCGCCAUUACCAAACGAAAGCGAUCUGGAAAAGCCUCCGCUUCCUCCAUCUGGUUCUGCUCCUCCACCAUUACCUCCACCCUCCCCCCCACUAAUACUACCUCCUGCCCCAGUACAACAACCUCCUCUGCCACCGGUGACUUCUAACCAAUCACAAGCUCUGCUGGACGUUCUGACUGAAGUGCCGCCACCAAUAACCACAGUGCAGCUGCCGCUGCCCCCAGUUCCCCUGCCGUUACCAUCACCACCAGUACCUGUACCCGGAUCCAUACCUGUGCCCCUACUAACUCCUGCACCUGUCCUGUCGCACCCACCAACCACCUCACAGCACCAGCCGCCACGGACAACAGUGUUGACCAGUGGGCUCCCCAUGCCACCGAUGCUGAACUCAGUACUGCCCUUACUGACUUCAACUCUCCCACCGCUACCGCUGCCUCCACUGCUGCCGGGGGAGGAUGAGAUAGAAAGUCCAAAGGAGAGUCAUGCUGUCAAACCAGCCAAGAAAGACAGAGACCAAAGAACACGGCAUUUAUUGACUGACCUCCCACUCCCUCCGGAGCUACCGGGAACGGAUCCCUCGCCACCAGAUUCCCCAGAGCAGAAGACCCCACCUCAGCCUCAACCGGUCCUUAAAAAGAGGCCCAAAAUCUGUUGUCCUCGCUACGGUGAGAAGAAGGAGACCGAGAGUGACUGGGGCAAGCGUUGUGUGGAUAAAUUUGACAUCAUUGGAAUCACUGGAGAAGGGACAUAUGGGCAAGUUUACAAAGCGAAAGACAAGGACACAGGUGAGAUGGUUGCUCUUAAAAAGGUUCGCCUAGAUAAUGAAAAGGAAGGCUUUCCCAUCACAGCCAUUCGAGAAAUCAAAAUCCUUCGUCAACUCAACCACACCAGUGUUGUCAACAUGAAGGAGAUUGUGACAGACAAACAGGAUGCACUGGACUUCAAAAAGGAUAAAGGGGCUUUCUACCUGGUCUUUGAAUACAUGGACCAUGAUCUGAUGGGGCUUCUGGAGUCGGGGCUGGUGCAUUUCACUGAGGACCACAUCAAAUCCUUCAUGAGGCAGCUGAUGGAUGGCCUGGACUAUUGUCACAAGAAAAACUUCCUGCACCGUGACAUUAAAUGCUCCAACAUCCUCCUCAACAACAGUGGACAGAUCAAGCUGGCAGAUUUUGGCUUGGCGCGAUUGUACAACUCUGAGGAAAGCCGCCCUUACACCAAUAAAGUCAUCACGCUGUGGUAUCGACCACCAGAGCUGCUUUUGGGGGAGGAGCGAUACACACCGGCCAUUGAUGUUUGGAGCUGUGGUUGUAUCCUUGGGGAACUCUUCACGAAAAAGCCAAUCUUUCAGGCUAAUCAGGAGCUGGCACAACUUGAGCUCAUCAGUCGAUUAUGCGGCAGCCCUUGUCCAGCUGCUUGGCCAGAUGUCAUUAAGCUGCCAUACUUUCAUACUAUGAAACCCAAGAAACAAUAUCGGCGACGCCUUCGUGAAGAAUUUGCAUUCAUUCCACUACCUGCACUGGACCUACUUGACCACAUGCUGACUCUCGACCCCAGCAAACGCUGCACUGCUGAGCAAACCCUCCAGAGUGACUUCCUCAAAAACGUGGACCCCACAAAAAUGCCUCCUCCUGACCUCCCUCACUGGCAGGAUUGCCAUGAGCUCUGGAGCAAAAAACGUCGACGACAGAAGCAAGCUGGAAUUGUCGACGAUCCGCCGGUGCCCAAAGCACCCCGGAAAGACACCACGAUCGGCACCGACGACAGUCGGAACAGCACACCUCAGGGUGCACCACCGACACAGGGGAAAGCACAGAGCAGCACCACCGAUGUGGGCGGGAUCAGAGAUGCUGCACAGCAACUAAACCAGAACGAGCUCGCCGUGCUGCUGAACCUGCUGCAGACACAGACCAACCUCAGCCUCACCCAGCUGGCACAGGCCCUGAAUGUCAGCACCAACCCAGAGACCCAGCAGCAGUGGAAUGUGCUCAGCCAAUCACUGGUGGCCCUGGCUGAGGCCACCAGUCAGCAGCAGGACGCUGCUCCAUCUGCAGUGACCCACCCUCCUCCACUUCCGCCUGCACCGUCAACCGAGCUGCCUCCAACGACAGUGCCUCUCCCACCUGCUCCGGCACCCCUGCCUCCAAUCCAAGCUCCUCUCCCACAAGUCCUGGCUUCCCUGCCACAGACAGCGUGCACCCAGCCGUCUCAGUCCGUGUCGCAGGCUGCCGACUCUCAGACGGACACACAGAACUUGCUGACCAUUUUACUGAGUCAGCUGAUCAAAUCUCAGGAAACCACUGUGGUGCCCGAAGAAAGUAACGGACUCAGAGCAAGUGAUGGAGCCCAGCAGCUGCCAACGGUCACUGCCACUCCUGACACCACCGACGAUGCUCCUGUCACUAAAUUGGAUCUCAAGGCUCCUGCAGUCCCUGCACUCAGUCAAACCCGAAUUCUUCCUCCGGACCAGCGGCCACCUGAACCACCGGGACCCCCGCCCUCCCUCGGCGAUACAGACUGUCGAGUUAAUCUGCGAGGGAGCCCCUCCACUGAGGACCCAAAUGCAGGAGUGAAAGCUGCUUUGCUGCAGCUGUUGCACAGGGAGGACGUGCUGGAGAACGACAGGCAGAGCACGGCAGCCGAUUACUCUGGCCCACACUUAGCGAACAGCUACAACGCCGACAGCUUCAGGAACAAUCUCAGCACCAGCGAAAGAAGAGACUCUGAAAUGACCAGCCACACCUUACUGGACAGCAAGUCUGCAUUGUGUGUGAGCUCGUCCCAACAGCUGGGCCAAUCCCGGACACUCUCUGGCUCCAGCAGUGAGUUUGGGGAAUCCAGUAGCUACCAAGACCUGGGUGCAAUGCAGUUCACCGCAGACCAGGAUCACCGGUUUAAUUUUACCAGAGUUACUUUACCAGCUCUGGUAACUGGUGCAGAUGGUAACAAUAGCACAAGCAUACCUGCAGAUGCCAAACCAGCGAACUACAGCUACAGCACCAUGCCAACAGGUGCUCUGCCCAGCAGCUCUCUGCCGGGGCUGAGCUGGAACGUGACAUCGCGGGGCUCAGGGUAUAACAGGGCACAGGGCCGGGUACCAGCCAGAGGUGGCAGAGGGCGGGGUGUUCCCUACUAACCCCUCACUCACCUAGAGUGCUUUCUUAUGAUCAUGUCCUUGGAGAGAGCCAACUGUAAUCACUGUUGAAAGGGUUAAGCAGCUCACUGCGCCACAUCAUUCCUGACAAGGCAGGGACUAGCCACUGGAGAAUUGUAGUUUGGGACGAUCCGUGAGCAGUGUGUGAACUGGCAGCCCUUUAUCUGAGGGUGAAGAUUCUUUCUUUGUAAAGUGACACUGUCGGGGAUAUCUCCUCAUGACUUGUAUAAUCGAUUUGAAAACAUUUAUGUCUCUGAAGACGAUUGGACAAUAGUGAAACAAAAUGACAUGUGGCAGCAACUCCAGCUGCAUUGUCGUGUCAAAAUGCAACAAUACAGACUGUGGGAGGUCUGUGCAAGGGGAGUGGGCUGAGGUGGAGCCCACAGUCACUGAAGUGGAAAGAUUAUUAGCGAGCCUGCUGUCAGAGAAACAACACUGGAAUUUGCUUGGCAGCCUGGCUGGAGAAAUCAGUUUAUUAUAAAGGCUUGAAAUCCUGGACCAUUUCCUCCUCAUUUCUCUGUACCUGAGCCUCCGUGGCAGCCUCUUUAUGUUGUGUUCUUUUCUAAGUUACAAGUAUCUCAGCAAAUCUGCAAUUAAACCUGAACAAUGUUCUCACCUGG